UUGACGAAAAAGAAAAAAGAAGGGGGUUCAGACAUGGAGAGCUUCAGAGGAGGUCGGCCUUGGGGGAAGCUUGUCAAAGUGGAUUCCAGUGAAACUGUCCUGCUUUUCAGUAGGGAAUGUACGGUGGGCAGAAAGAAAGGAUGUUAUCUAUCUUUCCCGGCCAAUAAACUCGUCUCAGGGGAGCACUGCAAAAUAGUGAAAGAUGACAGCUCAGGGCUCGUGUGGCUCGAAGACAUGAGCACUAAUGGCACAGUGAUCAACAUGUCCAAAGUGGUCAGGAGGCAAACUCACAUGCUGCAAAAUGGUGAUGUCAUCUACUUUGUAUACAGGAAAAGUGAGCCAGAACAAAACAUUGCCUACGUUUUCCAUUCAAUCAAAAUGGAACAAGCUGCUUCACAGGACAGUUAUGGCAUUGAGAGGCCAGCCCACUGCCCCUCUCAUCUUCCAGCCCUGGAGAUGUCCCUCUCCGUGGAGCCUGUGAUGCUUGCUAAAGCUCCUCGAGAUCCAACCCAGGAGGAACCUCAACCCUCCACCUCUGCGUCCCAUUUCUGUAUUGAAUCUCCAUCCUCCUCUGCUCCUCUGGAAAUCGUUCAUCCUUCAGCCCAUGGCAAGGCUAUAGAUGCAACACCCACAGCAGAACAAGACACAGACAGCCUGGAGCCAGAAAGCAAGAGGAGGAAAACUCAUCAAGAUAAAGAGUACCAUUUGGGUUUACCACACACCUCCGAUUCACCUAAGGAUGGUCCUGGAAAGGUUUUCUCCAAACCAGCUGUGGACGGGACCAAGACAGACAAGAUGGAGGAAAGCCUGACAUGUGUCAUCUGCCAGGACCUGCUGCACGACUGCAUCAGCUUGCAGCCUUGCAUGCACGUCUUCUGCGCCGCCUGCUACUCGGGCUGGAUGGAGCGCUCGUCUCUUUGCCCCACCUGCCGCUGCCCCGUGGAGAGGAUUUGUAAAAACCACGUCCUCAACAACCUGGUGGAGGCCUACCUCAUUCAGCACCCAGAGAAGUGUCGCAGUGAGGAGGACCUGAAGAGCAUGGACAGCCGAAACAAGAUUACUCAGGACAUGUUGCAGCCAAAAGUUGAGCGCUCUUUCUCUGACGAGGAGGCCAGCUCGGAUUACCUCUACGAGCUCUCUGACAAUGACAGCGACUCCUCAGACAUCAGUCAGCCGGUGGUGAUGUGCAGACAGUGUCCUGGCUUCAGGAGGAAUGCCAGCCAAGUGCUAUUUGCCACAAGCUCAAACUACUGGUUCCCCGGUCUGCCAACUCUACCACCUUUGCCUCCACCACCCCCACCACCCAAACCAGUAAGCGAGGAGGAUGCAGCAAAGCCCACAGGAGAGCAGCCCUCCACCUCCUCUGAUCAGCCAUCAGCAGCACCUGAGGAGUACUGCUGCCCCCCUCAGGGCCGCCAUCUCAUCUGCUCCUGCUGCCUCAUGCCCAUGCCAGACAGGCGCUCCGAGUUGGGCAACCAGCAGGUUAAUGCUCAGCAAUGUGCGUUAUGUCAGCAGCCUUUCUGUCACAUGUACUGGGGCUGCCAGGGGAUCGGCUGUCAAGGCUGUCUGGCUCCAUUCAUCGAUAUAAAUCUGACUGACAAAUGCCUGGAAGGUGUGGUGAACAGCAAUAGCUACGAGUCAGAGGUCCUCCAGAACUACCUGUCCUCCAGAGGGAUCUCCUGGAAAGAUCUGCUUAUAGAGGCUUUGCAAGGAUUACAGCAGGGAAACUACAUUCUGACAGAUUGUCGGAUCUCGGCAAACACUAUUCUAUGCUUCUGCUGCGGUCUGCGAGCCUUCAAGGAGCUGGCCUACCAAUACAGGCAGAAGAUCCCUUCCUCUGAGCUGCCAGCUGCCGUAACAUCACGUCCCGACUGUUACUGGGGACGGAACUGUCGUACGCAGGUGAAGGCUCAUCAUGCAAUGAAAUUCAACCACAUAUGUGAGCAGACGCGUUUCAAGAGCUGA